AACCCAAAAACAGAAAUAUAAAAACAGAGCAUUGGGACCCCACCAUUCUUACCAGUAAACACCAUGGAAGACCAACAGGUUUUCUUCUGCAACCCUGGCUGCCACCACCAUUCUUUCUCUCUCUAAAAGUGUCACCUUUCCCCCAUAACCAAUAGCUUCACACUUCUCCUUUAAUCCACCCUCUGUUCAAGUCCUAUUAAAUUACAUUAUUACAACUUAAAUACCUUUGUUGCUCCCUCUUUAGCUGAUCGAAAAUACAGUUUUCUUCUUUUAUUGAUCGUGAAUUUGAUUGAAUUCUUGUGGUUUGAAUUAGUCAAUUGGACGAUACCCGUUUGAAAGUUGUCGGCUUUAUGGAUUUUCGCUCGAGGUUUUGUUGUUUUGGAGGAUUCGAUCGGAAACAGAACAAGAAGAAAGAGUCAACAUGGAGGAUAUUCUCAUUGAAAGAAUUGCAUUCUGCUACAAACAAUUUUAAUUAUGAUAACAAGCUUGGUGAAGGUGGAUUUGGGAGUGUUUAUUGGGGACAGCUUUGGGAUGGAUCUCAAAUUGCAGUGAAGAGAUUGAAGGUGUAUAGUAACAAAGCGGAGAUGGAAUUUGCGGUAGAAGUUGAAAUUCUUGCACGCGUUAGACACAAAAAUUUACUUAGUUUGCGUGGAUAUUGCGCGGAAGGUCAAGAACGUUUGAUUGUGUAUGAUUACAUGCCGAAUCUUAGUUUACUCUCGCAUCUUCAUGGUCAACACUCGGCUGAAUGUCUUCUCGAUUGGAAUCGGAGAAUGAAUAUUGCUAUUGGAUCUGCCGAAGGAAUUCUAUAUCUUCAUCACCAUGCCACACCACACAUAAUCCACAGAGAUAUCAAAGCGAGCAACGUCUUACUAGACGCAGAUUUCAAAGCGCAAGUGGCUGAUUUCGGGUUUGCAAAGCUAAUCCCAGAUGGUGCAACACAUGUGACCACUAGAGUCAAGGGCACACUCGGGUAUCUAGCACCCGAAUACGCAAUGCUAGGAAAAGCAUCCGAGAGUUGUGAUGUUUACAGUUUCGGCAUUCUUUUGCUCGAGUUAGCUAGUGGCAAAAAACCAAUUGAGAAACUAAAUGCAGCCACAAGAAGGUCAAUCACAGAAUGGGCUCUACCAUUGGCAUGUCAAAGAAAGUUUAGUGACAUUGCAGACCCGAAACUGAAUGGGGAUUACUCGGUUGAAGAACUUAAACGGGUGGUUCUCGUUGGGCUUGUUUGUGCGCGUAAUCAACCGGAGAAAAGACCAACAAUUCUUGAAGUGGUUGACUUGUUAAAGGGGGAGUCAAAGGAGAAACUUGCUGCUUUGGAGAAUGAUGAAAUGUUCUGUGCUACACAUGCUGCUGAUUAUAAUGAUGGUGUAUCGGUUGCUGAUGAUAGUUCGGAUUUUGUUUCGGAGGAGAGGGAACGAAAACAAGAAACUGGAAAUGUGGUGACAUAGAGGUUGAAGAGUUUAUAUGUAUAAGUGGUUUUUGUGAUUGUGUUAAUGUGUUAUUUCUUUUCCAAUUAGUGUGUGGAUACUUGUGUUAUUUGUGAAGUUUUAAAGCGUGGAAAUGAGAGAUCACCCAGGUUUUUCAA